AUGGCUCUCCCUCCCCUCGCGGCGCCGCCGCUCGCAGGGGCCGCUCCCCACGCACCCAUCCCAACUCCCCCGCCCCUCCCGUCGCCCGCCACUUUCACCUCGUGCCUGACCAUCGCUGUCGAGGGCGCUAUUCCCAUCGAACGCCCGGAGCCCGCCGCACCCUCCGCCGCGGACGCCCCCGCUCCCACCGACUCCAGCAACAAGCGGGCCCCCAGGAAAUCCAAGACCGAUGCCCUCGCCGCUCUGCAUUCCCAUGCACAGUCCAACUCUGGUGAGGAGAAUCUGGGCGACGCCAUGACCGAGGACGGCGGUAUCCGCAUCCAACUCAGAGACGGGCCCCCGUUGCCCGUCGCCCCGACCUUAGACUUGUCUUCGGUCAAGACUCCAAAUACCAGACCGACGGUGCCCAAGUCUACCCCUCGGCCGUUCGGCCUCACCGAUUGCCCCACGUUCCACCCUACCCCCGAGCAAUUCAAGGACCCUAUGGCGUAUAUCGCCUCGAUAUCGGACACGGGGAAGAAAUACGGGAUGUGCAAGAUCGUGCCACCCAUGGGCUGGAAUAUGCCCUUUGUCACGGACACCGAGCGUUUCCGCUUCAAGACGCGGUUGCAGCGGCUGAACUCCAUCGAGGCCUCGUCGAGGGCGAAGGUGAAUUUUCUGGAGCAGCUCUACAGGUUCCACAAGCAGCAGGGCAACCCUCGCGUCUCCGUUCCCACUAUCAAUCACAAACCGCUCGAUCUCUGGUUAUUGCGGAAAGAAGUGCACAAGCUGGGCGGAUUCGAUGCGGUGACGCGCGAUAAGAAAUGGGCAGACUUGGGAAGGCUGCUCGGAUACACGGGCAUCCCUGGCCUCGCAACGCAGAUCCGCAACUCGUACAACCGGGUGAUCCUCCCCUAUGAGCAGUUCUGCGAAAGGGUCCGCAACUCGCCCGCACUGUCGCCGGUGAAGGCACGCGACGCCGCUCUGAAGACGCACACCAAUAUCCAGACCUCCAGCACGCUUCCCCAGCUCAGCACCUCCGACUCGACCGUUGGCGAUGAUAGCCCGCCUCCCAGUCCUCUCACUGCCACCUCUUCGCCCCUAUCUGAACCGCCCGAUGAGAGUGAUUUGAAGGAGACUAACGGCGUCAAGGCUGAUGCUUCUCGGCCUCGCCGCAGUACGCGUAAUACCGCGCCAGACCAACUUCCUUUUGCUCGAACUCGUCUUACAUCAACGGCGAAUGAUAUCUCCACGGCUGGUCAAGAUCCGGACGCCCCGAAGGAGAAGAGACAUCCAGCUGAGCUGCACUGCGAGAUCUGCCUCAAGAAGGAUCACGGUGAGCAGAUGUUGAUAUGCGAUGGUUGUGACUGUGGAUUCCACAUGUUCUGCCUCGACCCACCCCUCGCCAACAUCCCGAGGGGCCAGUGGUUCUGUCACAGCUGCCUGUUCGGAACGGGCGGUGACUUUGGUUUCGACGAGGGCCAGGAGCACAGCCUAUCCAGUUUCCAAGCUCGCGACCGUGAGUUCCGGCGUUUGUGGUUCCUUAGUCAUGGUCCGCAAUCAGGGUCGCUCAAUGCCUCCGAUGCGUCGUCGAGCGCACGUGCUAACGACCCUUAUGCGAACCGAUUUGGGAACACGGUGGUUACGGAGGACGACGUCGAGCUAGAGUUUUGGCGGCUGGUGCAAACGCCGACGGAGACCGUCGAGGUGGAGUAUGGCGCUGAUGUGCACUCUACCACCCACGGAAGCGGCAUGCCCACUCUAGAGACGCACCCCCUCGACCCUUACUCGAAGGACCCAUGGAACCUGAACAAUAUCCCUAUCCUGCCUCAAUCCCUGCUUCGCUACAUCAAGUCUGAUAUCUCUGGCAUGACGGUACCGUGGACAUACGUUGGCAUGAUUUUCUCUACGUUCUGUUGGCACAACGAGGAUCACUACACAUACAGCAUCAACUACAUGCAUUGGGGCGAGACAAAGACAUGGUACAGCAUUCCGGGCAGCUCAGCCGAGAAAUUCGAGGCGGCCAUCAAGAAGGAGGCCCCUGACCUGUUCGAGGCCCAACCCGACCUGCUUUUCCAGCUGGUGACGCUGAUGAACCCUCAGCGGUUGAAGGAAGCGGGCGUCGAGGUACACGCUUGCAAUCAGCGCGCUGGCGAGUUUGUCGUCACUUUCCCCAAGGCUUAUCACGCCGGUUUCAAUCAUGGGCUGAACUUCAACGAGGCGGUGAACUUCGCUCUUCCGGAAUGGCUGCCACUUGGGUUGGACUGCGUCAAGCGAUAUCAGGAGCACCGCAAGAUGCCCGUGUUCUCGCAUGAUGAGCUGCUCAUUACCAUUACGCAACAGUCACACUCGAUUCAGACAGCCAUGUGGUUGAACGACAGCCUGCAGGAGAUGACGGACCGCGAGAUGGAUGCCCGCACGCGUGCGCGAUCGCUCCAGAUGGGCGAGGUCCUGGAAGAGACGGACCGGGGAGACGACCAGUAUCAGUGCGCCACCUGCAAGGUCUUCUGCUAUCUCUCCCAGAUCACGUGCCCGUGCACCUCAAAGAUCGUGUGCAUCGACCACGUCGAUCAGCUGUGCAAGUGCCCGCUGGCUAACCACGUUCUCCGGAAACGGUUCAGCGAUACCGAGCUCCAGGACAUCCAGGCGAAGGUCUCGGAGCGCGCGGCGAUUCCUGGCAUGUGGCGCAACAAGCUGAAGAAGCUCCUUGACGAGAGCCCUUGCCCGCCUCUCAAGAGCUUGAAGGCCAUCUUCACAGAGGGCGAGCGCAUCCAACAUCCCUUGGCGGAGCUGAACUCGCUCCGGAAGUGCGUCAACAAGGCGAACGAGUGGCUGGAGGCCGCGAAUGCCAUCAUCAUCCGUAAGCCUACUCGGAAGCGGACCCGCAAGUCGCGUGGCCGUUCGUCGACCGUGAACGGUGACGGCCCGAGCUCCGACGCUGCUGAGGAGAUCAUCGACAAGCCUGAGCGUAGUCUGGACGACCUUUACGCCCUUCUCUCCGAGGUUGCCAACCUCGGCUUCGAUGCCCCUGAGAUUGCCCAGCUCAGGAACAUCGCACAGGAAGCCGAGGAGACCCGGAAGAAGGCUCGCCUACUCCUCGACAUGGAGCGGUCGGCACGCGACCGGGAGGCAUUUGUGCACGAUUGCAGGCGCCUCAUCCUGCAGUCCGCGACGCUAAACGUCACCGUCGACGAGAUCGUCGAGGUCGACAAGAUCGUGCUCCGCGAGCAGCUUUUGAAGGAUCUCGACGUGGAACUUGAGGACGACAAUCUCACUCUGGAAGAUGUCCGUCAGCUCGUUGGCCGCGCCGACGCGUGCAGUCUUCCCAUGGAGCACUCGCAGAUGCAGCGGUUGCAGGCCUUGUACCAGGCCGGUACGACAUGGGAGGACCGGGCGCAGCGGUUGCUGGAGAAGAGCGAUCGGACGCUCGAGGAGCUCGAGGAGUUCAUGAAGCCGAGACUGAGCGGGUUGCCGGUCGACCCUGAGCUUCUUGAGCGGAUCAUCGACCUCCGCAAAAAGGGCAGAGAGUACGAGAAGCAGGCGAAGAUCUGGCUGCUCGCUGACGCUAGGGCAGAGAAGCCCAAGGUCCAGGACGUGGUGAAGCUCGUCGCUGACGCCCAGAGAGACUUCGCCAUUCCUGCUGUCCAGGACCUGCAGCGCACUGUUGCUUGGGCCCAGGACCUCGAGACGCGCAGCGAGGCCGUACUCAAUGCGACUUAUAGCGGGGUGGACGAGAAGGACAUCUUCGAGACGAUGCAGACAUGGCGGGACUAUGCCAAAAAGCACCUGACCAUGUUUUCGCUGACCAACUUCUCCAAGCUCGAGUCGCAGCUUGAGUCACACAACCGCUGGAUACAGAGCCUUCCCUGGUACUGCAAGUCCCACAACGAUACGCACGGUCAGCCCAUCUUGGACGAUGUCGUCGAGGCUACUCGUCCCGAGGACGAUCUCCCUCCGAGUGACGAGUACUUCACCUGCAUCUGCACGACUCCCGUGCGUCCUCCUGCUCUCGGCCAGGUUUCCGACGCGGUCCAGUGUGACCACUGCUUCGCACGAUUCCACGGCGUCUGCGCUGCAAACGGAGGCUCUUGCCCUUUUUGCGAUCACCACCACUGGAACGGGACUAUUCACAAGGAGCGGAACUGGCACUUCUGUUAUCUGCCGACGAUAUUGAUGCACGCGCCCGACAUAACCAAGCACUACUCCGAGGAAUGGAAACAGCUCGAGAUCAUCGUCCAUCGCGUCGACCGUCUCUGCGGCGUGAUCGGCCAGUUCGUGAGCUUCCUCGGCCAGCCCGCCAACCAACGCGCCGAGUACAUCCCGCAAGUUCGCCACUACAUGCGCAAGCUGUACAAGAUCCAGUUUGCGGUGUCGCCCAACCCGGAGGUCUCGUUCGGCCUCGAUCUCGCCUCGCUUCAUCGCGUGCUCGCCGGUCAGCCCGUGCCUGUGCGGAUGAAGAAGCGCAGACGACCGAAGUUCGUCUUCGGGCAGGAUCAGGACAAGGAUUGGCUGGACGGAACACGGUGCAUCUGUCGUGGGCGCACAAACUACCUGCUGAAUUACCCCACGGUAGAGUGUGAGCUUUGUGGUAAGCUGUAUCACGGUGGCUGUGUGUUCUUUCCGGUCGAGGCCGGGCGUGGUGCGCGGUUCAUGUGUCCGCUCUGCUGUGUCAGGAAGAAUAGAGUGUACCCGUACUCCGAAGUGCGGGUGAAGCAUGUCGACAACCCCGACCCAGAUUUGUUCGUAGACACCAAGGAGAUGCUCGAUACCUUCAGCAAGGAUAUCAUUUAUAUGCGCCUGCCACCACCCUACACUCAGACCCUUUUCGUUGACCUCCUUCGCUUCACCCCCGGACAGCCUGACAACGUCGCUGCGAACGGGCCUCCCAUCUCUGCUCCGUCAACAAGGUCUCUGCCCGGGUCGAGCAAUGGUCCAUCUAUACCGGUCACGAAUGGCAGUUCCGCCCAUCCCCGAUCAAUGCAUCCUCCUCACUCUCAUCACCACCACCAUCAUCAUCAUCACCACGCUAUAUCUGCCCCACCACCGCCCGCGUCUCCUUAUGAGAACGGGCGCCCAUCAUCCUCCAGUCAUGUCCCGCCACCACCACCAUGGGCUGCGACUAGCAGGUGGAGUUCCGCAGCUGCUGCUGCCGCGCCUCCAGGUCCCAGCAGGGCCAUUCCUCCGCCUACUGAGCAGCUCAGGUCUCCAAUCACUGGCAUGCAAACGCCACCACUAGCUCCGCGGAAGCGCAAGUACCCAGACGAUAUACCUCAACAUGGACCCCCACCUGAUGACCGCCUUGCCCCUGCGCCCAUCAUUCGUUCUCCGAAGCGUCUUCACUCCACGGUGUCGACGCCUCAACCUUCCGCUUCCCGUAGCGGCCAGGGCAUGUCGCCGUCUCUCGCGAUGAUGCUUUCGCCGACACCUGGUGCAGACAUGCGGUCACCGACCCGGCAACCACCACCUACUUACAGUCGCAGUAUCCCACCGAGUCCAGGGGGCAGGAGCGGACCGACAGAGGACCCACAUUAUGCCUCCCGUCAGCAGAAGAUGAAGCUAGCCUACCCUGGGCAACACCCCAUUCCCCGAGCCGAGGACGAGCGAUGGGCUUCUCAGAUGGCUCAUGAGACCCGCUCCCCUCAGAUUCCUCCUCCGCCUCGCCACUGAUUGUUGCAUAUCACUACAUGAAGACUGAUUCCUUGCACAUAUCGCUCACGUGCUGUCCUCAUACAUAUGGCUUGCUCGUGAUACGUAUCUCUCCGCCUCCUCGUUGCGCAUGCUGUAUCCCGCCAUUCAUCUCAUUUGUCUGCUUGCUGUGCUGAUUGUAGUCCUACUGGGUAAAUCUAUUCUGUUUAUCGGGCACGUCAUUGGUCGCGAUCGUCAUGCUCCUUCACUUCUAGUUCUCAUGUCUAGAGAUUAGGGCCCGCGAUGCAAGCGUGGUGGCCUGUAUGUAGUUACAUGUCUGCCAUGAAUAUACUCCUAAGAUAUGAUGUGAUGUCGUCUCGUGGAAACAUGAAUGUCGCGUGAAUGUCCCUUGAUAAAGCAACAAGAACGGCGCAGUAACUGAAUGCACGAAUCGAUGAGUGUCCAUGACGUUAACUCCUCUACCGCCGGACCAUGAGCUUGUACGUUGACCAACCAGCGAUGAUGGCGAAGGCGGCGAGAACCGCAACAAUAGCACCGAACCAGUGGAGGUUGCCCACGUCUUGACCCGGUACGUGCACGUUCAUUCCCCACAGACCAGUCACCAGAUUCAUGGGAAUGAGCACUGUACCCAGCGCUGUGAGUUUCGACAGCACGUCGUUGAUCUGGUUGUUCGCGUCCGUCAUCUCAAUCGAGAUCUGGGCCAGGUAAUUUGAAUGCGAGCGCGACAGAAUCUUCUCGUAGUGAUUCAAGUUCUGUGUCAUCGUGAUCAAGUGGUCCUGAAUGUCGGAGAGAUAGAGACCGAUGUCGGAUGUGGGUGCGACGCGCCAAUUCUCGUUACACCGUUUGGCCAGCCCCUUUACGACGUCGGCUUUGUUGCCCAUCAGUCGGAGAAGGCCCAUGACUUUCUUGCGACAUGUGCCGAUCCGCCUCAACAUAUCGCUUUGCUCGGCUUCUCUUAGGAUUAGCACAAGCUCGUCAAUGCUAUCGACCUCGUAUUCAAUGCUCUGAAUGAGCGGACCAAACGCAUCUGUGAUGUCGUCGAUGAGGGCGUAAGAUAUCCAAUCGGACGUGACGGAUAUGUAGUCUUUCAAUUGCUUAAUUCGUCGCCGAACGUUCUGUGGAUGGGGUGUUGGCCUAAAGUGGAAAGAUAGGAUGCCGUCUCGGAAUACGAUGAUAUACAUGUUGAGGGGCUCCAGGUGCGUCGGGCUGUACGGAUCUUGGUCGAAGCCGCGGAAGCAGACGAAAUAGUAGUUCCGGAAGAGCUCGAUCUUCUCGCGCGUUUCCUCCAUCUGGAUAUCUUCCGUCGUCAGCGGGUGGAUGUUGAACACCUUGCUGAGCAGCUUCAUUUCCUCGUCCGUGGGCGUAAGGACGUCCAGCCACCAUGUAUGGCUGUCAGGGCUGUUAUCCUCUCCUGGUCGCCUAUCCCCUGGUGGUCCUUUCGGCAGAGAAUUAGGCAUGCCGUUUGUGAUGUUUGGUGGGAUAGGAGACGUCGCCCCAGACUUCGGGAGAGAUUCUGUCAUACAAGCCACGUUCCGGUGGAGAAGGGACGGACGCGUACUGUUCGCAUGCGACGUGCUGUUCGAAUUGCCUCCGCCCUGGAAGAGGUCGUGGAAUGACUGCCCUUCCGCGGGCAGCUCGGACAGGCUCCGCGCGUGGAUUGUCGCCGAGAGCGCGUUCGAGUAAAAUGAGAACCGGUAUGGUCGAUCGUGCCCGGACCCCGGACCGCCUCCGCCGCCGAGUCCGUAAUGGUCCUGCGCACCUCGGCGCGAGUCGGGCAGGUUGUCGUAGGAUGGCACAGCGCUGAGCGUCGUCCCCAAAGCCAAGUGUGGGGCGCGCGAGGCCAACGCGGGUGGCGGAGCAUUGCCCUGUUCGAACAGAGCCAUCUUUCCCCUUCUGGGAGCGGGAGAGCUGAUGCUCAGCUUCCGCUGGCGUGUGCGCGGCAGCAUGAACGGAAUUGACGAGUCUGUCAUCUGAGACCCAGGCUCUCCGGGCUGCGGCUGUUGCGGCUGCUGCUCGCCUGUACUCGGAAUGGGAAUGUUCGUCGACGACGACGCUUGGGGCUGCCGAUAGUCGAAGUCCGGUGGUGACGCGGGGGUUUGGAUGCCUAGUCGAAGUUUCUCGUCGCGCGAAAAGGCCUCCAUGAGUGCGAACUCGUAUUGAGGCCUGUCAGAACGCUCCACUGUCGCUUGAUACAUCGGUAGGCCACCCAUUGUCGUAUCGUCCCCGAAGGGAGCCUCGAGUGAGACCAGCAGAGCGGGGUCAUGGCCGGAACUCAGAUGAUUUACCAGCAGCUCCUGCCCUGCCGUACCCGGGUGCUGGUACUGCCCGGGACGGUCGAUGUCUGGGCGAAGCAGAGCCGUACCUCUUGCCUCGGAUAUGGCGUUCUGCUCCUGCAAUGAUAGCGUAGGGAAUUGGU